AUGAAUAAAGCUCUGAAAGAAGGAGCAAGUACAACAGUGCUUGGUGUAUUGUUUUGUCAAGGUGUUGGAGGAGUUGGUGGGAAGCAAUCAAUGUAUAUUGAAAGCUUAUCUGAACCUGUUAAGAAACGAAUAAAAGCUUUGAAAUAUUAUCAACAAGAACACGCGAAAUUAGAAGCAAAAGCUCAACAAGAGAUUUUGGCUAUCGAGAAAAAAUAUUCGGAACUAUAUAAACCUUUAUAUGAAAUUCGUUCAAAAAUUAUACGUGGAGAAUGCACUGAAGAAGAGGACGCUGAGCAUAAGGAUACUGAAGAAAAGAGUACUAAAGAAAUGGAUAUUGAAACAGAUACUCAAGAAAAAGGGGCUGAAAAGGACAAAGAAGCUUGUAAUCCUGUUAAAGGAAUUCCUGAAUUUUGGCUUACAGCCAUGAAAAAUGUAGAAAAUAUUGAUAGUUUGAUCACUGAACGUGAUCAAGAGGCAUUAAAAUAUUUGGUUGAUAUCAGAAUGUCACAUCUUGAAGAAAAACCAGGCUUUAAAUUAGAAUUUGAAUUUGAUGAAAAGAAUCCAUACUUUACAAACAAAAUUUUAUCAAAAACUUACUAUUAUCAAGAAAAACUUGGAUAUGGUGGUGAUUAUGUUUAUGAUCACGCUGAGGGUGAAGCAAUUGUGAAAACCACAAUACCAGUAGAAUCAUUCUUUAAAUUUUUCAGUCCACCAAGUAAACCAUGUGAUGAUGACGAGGAUGACGAGGAUGACAACAACAAUUAUGAUGAUUUGGAAUUACUAUUAGAAAUUGAUUAUCAUCUUGGCGAAGAAUUAAAAGAUAAACUUAUUCCUCAUGCUGUUGAUUGGUAUACUGGUAAAGCUUUGAAGUAUGAAGAAACGUUUAAUUGCAGUUGGAAAGAAUGGGAAAAAUUACCUGAAUGUAAACAACAAUAA